CCGGCCCCGGCCCCGGCCCCGGCCCGGCUCCGGCUUCCUACUCGCUGUUGCCGCCCCCGCUGCCGCCCCCGGGUUGUCCGCUGCAGGUGACUAGCUCCGGGGCAGCGCCGCCCGGAGCCGCCGGCGCCGCGUCAUGUCCACCGAGGACGAGCGGGCCCGGGAGAUCCUGAGGGGCUUCAAGCUGAAUUGGAUGAACCUUCGGGAUGCUGAAACAGGAAAGAUCCUUUGGCAGGGAACGGAAGACCUCUCUGUCCCUGGUGUGGAACAUGAAGCCCGGGUCCCCAAGAAAAUCCUCAAGUGUAAGGCAGUGUCUCGGGAGUUGAACUUUUCUUCAGCAGAGCAGAUGGAAAAAUUCCGCUUGGAACAAAAAGUGUAUUUUAAAGGGCAGUGCCUAGAAGAGUGGUUCUUUGAAUUCGGCUUCGUGAUUCCUAAUUCCACAAACACCUGGCAGUCCUUGAUAGAAGCAGCACCAGAGUCCCAGAUGAUGCCAGCAAAUGUCUUAACUGGGAACGUGAUCAUAGAGACCAAGUUCUUCGACGACGACCUCCUCGUCAGCACGUCCAGAGUGAGACUUUUCUACGUCUGAGAGCGGAGUGUGUGUGUAUUUCCAGGAUUUGGGUUUGGGUUUUUGGGUUUUUUGGGGUGGGGGGGAGGGAAGGGAGCUGUUUUACUUUCCUCCACACCCCUUUUUUGGCACCGGCACCACCACCUCCAACUCCUUCUGGCAAAAAGCGCCUGCAGCCCCCAGACAACGCUGUGCGCAGGCAGCGGCCGCCGGGUGGCCUUUUCCUACCUGGCGAGCAGCCCCAAACUCCCUGGCCCGGAGCAGGACGAGGUGGGGAGCCGAGACCCCCGUCCAGUUGUAAACACAGUUGGAUGAAGCGCGACCAGGAAGCCGCCCUGUCCAUGCCAUCCUGCUGCCCCUGCCCCGGCCCAGGCCCUUUGGUUCCACUUUCUUGGCCCCGGAUAGAGUUCAUUUUCCAACCCCACGUUUAGUUUUCACUGUUUCAUAUGUCUUCAUACACUUGUAAAAUAGACUGUGAUAUUAUUACGUAAUGGAAUUAAACCAAUUUAUGAAUUAAAACAUUCCUCUAGUC